CCCACAAGAACCUCCUUCCCAACAACCAUCAUCACAACCACAACAAGAACUCCUUCCCAACAACCAGCAUCACAACCACAACAAGAUCUUCCUUCCCAAAAACCAGCAUCUCAUCCACAAGAACCUCCUUCCCAAAAACCAGCAUCUCAUCCACAACAAGAACCUCCUUCCAAACAACCACAACAAGAACCUCCUUCCCAAAAACCAGCAUCUCAUCCACAGGAACCUCCUUCAUCACAACCACAACAAGAACCUCCUUCCCAACAACCAGCAUCACAACCACAAGAACCUUCUUCCCAAAAACCACAACAAAAAACUUUUUCCCAACAACCACAACAAGAACCUCCUUCCCAACAACCAACAUCACAACCACAAGAACCUUCUUCCCAAAAGCCACAACAAAAAACUUUUUCCCAACAACCACAACAAGAACCUCCUUCCCAACAACCAACAUCACAACCACAAGAACCUUCUUCCCAAAAACCACAACAAAAAACUUUUUCCCAACAACCACAACAAGAACCUCCUUCCCAACAACCAGCAUCACAACCACAAGAACCUUCUUCCCAAAAACCACAACAAAAAACUUUUUCCCAACAACCACAACAAGAACCUCCUUCCCAACAACCAGCAUCACAACCACAAGAACCUUCUUCCCAAAAACCACAACAAAAAACUUUUUCCCAACAACCACAACAAGAACCUCCUUCCCAACAACCAGCAUCACAACCACAAGAACCUUCUUCCCAAAAACCACAACAAAAAACGUUUUCCCAACAACCACAACAAGAACCUCCUUCCCAACAACCAGCAUCACAACCACAAGAACCUUCUUCCCAAAAACCACAACAAAAAACUUUUUCCCAACAACCACAACAAGAACCUCCUUCCCAACAACCAGCAUCACAACCACAAGAACCUUCUUCCCAAAAACCACAACAAAAAACUUUUUCCCAACAACCACAACAAGAACCUCCUUCCCAACAACCAGCAUCACAACCACAAGAACCUUCUUCCCAAAAACCACAACAAAAAACUUUUUCCCAACAACCACAACAAGAACCUCCUUCCCAACAACCAACAUCACAACCACAAGAACCUUCUUCCCAAAAACCACAACAAAAAACUUUUUCCCAACAACCACAACAAGAACCUCCUUCCCAACAACCAACAUCACAACCACAAGAACCUUCUUCCCAAAAACCACAACAAAAAACGUUUUCCCAACAACCACAAGAACCUCCUUCCCAACAACCAGCAUCACAACCACAAGAACCUUCUUCCCAAAAACCACAACAAGAACCUUCUUCCCAAAAAUCAGCAUCUCAUCCACAACAAGAACCUCCUUCCCAAAAACCACAACAAGAACCUCCUUCCCAAAAACCACAACAAGAACCUCCUUCCCAAAAACCACAACAAGAACCUCCUUCCCAAAAACCAGCAUCUCAUCUACAACAAGAAUGUCCUUCCCAACAACCAGCAUCUCAUCCUCUUCAAUUAGCAGCUCCUCCAGUGAUUAAGAGAAUUUCUCUGCAGUGCCGUCGUAGGCACAUCACAAUUAAGCAGAGAGGACAAGAGCCUCGGCCUCAUCGCUGCCAUGCAGAUGCUUCUUUAUUCACUUGCCCCUUCUGCUCAACUGAUGUCUGUAAGCCAAGACAGUACCAUCAAAUAAUGACCCAUAUAGCUGGACAUAAACUGAGGGCGGUUGAAUAUGGAGAUCAUGUUAUAUACAGCUGUAACAUUGGCUGUGGCAAAAUGGCCAGACAUUUUCACUGCUGCCAGUGUCCCAAGACUUACACCAAUAAAAGUGCCCUAAAAAAGCAUCUUUGCAGCAGUCAUCCCAUAGCUACUUGCACUUUAAAACCACAACCAGCAAGUGACCCACAACAAGAACCUCCUUCCCAAAAACCAGCAUCUCCUCCACAAAAAGAAUCUCCUUCCCAACAACCAGCAUCUCAACCACAACAAGAUCCUCCUUCCCAACAACCAUCUGAUCCACUUCAAUUAGCAGCUCCUCCAGCGAUUAAGAGUCAUCGUAGGCACAUCACAAUUAAGCAGAGAGGACAAGAGCCUCGGCCUCAUCGCUGCCAUGCAGAUGCUUCUUUAUUCACUUGCCCCUUCUGCUCAACUGAUGUCUGUAAGCCAAGACAGUACCAUCAAAUAAUGACCCAUAUAGCUGGACAUAAACUGAGGGCGGUGGAAUAUGGAGAUCAUGUUAUCUACAGCUGUAACAUUGGCUGUGGCAAAAUGGCCAGACAUUUUCACUGCUUCCAGUGUCCCAAGACUUACAUCAAUAAAGCUGACCUAAAAAAACAUCUUUGCAGCAGUCAUCCCAUAGCUACUUGCACUUUAAAACCACAACCAGCAACUGACCCACAAGAAGAACCUCCUUCUGAGCAACCAGCAUCUCCUCCACAACAAGAACCUCCUUUGCAGCAACCAGCAUCUCCUCCACUUCAAUUAGCAGCUCCUCCAGUGAUUAAGAGAAGGCAAAUUUCUGUGCAGUGCCGUCGUAGGCACAUCACAAUUAAGCAGAGAGGGCAAGAUCCUCAGCCUCAACGCUGCAAUGCAGAUGCUACUUUAUUCACUUGCCCCUUCUGCUCAACUGACGUUUGUAAGCCAAGAAAAUAUCAACAAAUAAUGACCCAUAUAGCUAGGCAUAAACUGAGUGCGGUUGAAUAUGGAGAUUAUGUUAUAUACAGCUGUAACAGCUGUGGUGAAAAGGCCAGACAUUUUCACUGCUGCCAGUGUCCACAGACCUACUUCAAUCAAGGUGCUCUAAAGAGGCAUCUUUGCAACACUCAUCCUGUAGCUACUUGCACUCCAGAACCACAUCCUGUAGGUCGUCCACUACAGGAACCUCUUUUGCAGCAACCAGCACCUCGUCCACUGGAAUUAGCAGCUCAGCGAGUGAUUGUUAAAAGAAAGCAAAUCUCUGUGCAGUGUCCUCAUUGCAGGGUCAAUCUGAAUUCCAAAAAUUUAAAGAUGCACAUUAAGCGGAAACAUCAUGAAGCCAUGCAUCCCAUAACUUCAACUUGGGAUUCAUCCCACAAGGUUAUCUGUGACAUUGAUAUUUGCAAAAGCUGUGUUGAAACGGCACCAAGGAGUGAACUUUUGGUUACACAAUGUGUGUCUCUGAGCUCAGUGGACUUCUCCUGUGCUGCUGAAACUAGUGAAGAUUUAUCAGAGGACAUGUUGACUGAGAUGGAGUAAAAAUCAUUUGGGGGAAAGAAAAACAAUGCUUUAAGUAGCAAAAUUAGGAUAACGGUAAAGGUGCCACAUUUACUAGCCAUUGAAGGCCCCAACUACAUGUGUUAUAUAAAGGUGACACAUUACUGUCUUGGUGAAUUACAACGUCACCUAUAAACAGUUGGUACUGCCGCUGUAGCAAAGGUAGAAUAUGUCUGUACCAGAGUAUUGAAAAGUGGAGUCUCUUUCAAAUGAAGCAGCAGCUCUUCAAAACCUGCCGGAAGCAGAGGAAAGGAUUGAACCAGCGUAACACCAGGACCGGUCUAGCCAAUGUGGUAAUAUCCUCCACAGCACUCGUUCCAAAAAUGGUUGCCCACAACUGGCUAGGAUAAGAAAAACUGAGACAUCUCAGCCCAAAAGAAAAAAUGAUUCUGACUCGCAAUGAACUGGCACUACAAAUAGAUGAUCCUGCAGAUAUCAGUGGACCUCCUUGCUAGUGUGCAGUAUAUUAAUGAAGAGUUUAUAACUGUUACAAGGGGUGUUAUAAAUGAAAAGAUAAUAAAUAAAUCCAGAAUGUUCAAUUGGAA